AUGGGGCUGUCAUUUUUCUGCAACCACAAAAUACCCAAAAACCAUAAUCAUGAACCAGACCUAGAAUCUCUUUCCAUUGCCCAACGCAGAGAAAUAGGCGAUAAAAAACGCGAACGAGGAAACUGGUGGUUUUCCAGGCAAGAAUACUCAUUUGCUAUACAGAGUUACAGGCGAGCCAUAGAGUUUCUGGAUGAAGCUGAAGGUGGAUUCUCUAUUGAGAAGAAAGAUAUUUCAGAGGAUGCGGAAAAACAGUUGCAAGAACUACUAGAAGAUAGGUUGAAGGUAUUCAAUAACUUGGCUGCAGCUCAGAUGAAGAUAAAGGCAUACGAUGCUGCCCUGAAGUCAGUAGAUAAUGUUCUUCGUUGCCAGCCUCAAAAUGUUAAAGCUCUUUUUAGAAAAGGAAAGAUCCUAGCUGCAAAAGGAGAUACAACAGCAGCAUUAUCAGUCUUGCGAAAUGCAAGUCAGUUGGAACCUGAAUCAAAGGUGAUAAAGCAAGAAGUGCAGCGCCUUUUGGAUGUAAUUAAACGUGACACAAAGCAAGAGAAAAGCCUCUAUAAGAAAAUGUUGGGGCAGAAUAAGAGUACAGAAAAAACUGCAAGAGGAUCGAGGAUUUAUUAUCGAACUUGGGGCAUAGCGUGCAGCAGUGUUGCAGUUGUUCUCCUAGGAGCAAUAGCAUACCGUUACAGGUUCUUGUAACCUUAUUCCAGAGUGAUUAUGCCUAAAUGUCAGGUUCAUGAUUAUGGUUUUUGGG